UGCCAUUCGGUCGUUUAUCAGAGCCUGGAGCAUAUCGCUGGGACUAUGGCGCCCCUAGCUUGAUACCUUAAAUGCACCUCAUUCCUCCCGGUAUUCCUUAAAACCCGCGAGCUUUCCCCCCUUCUCCCCCCCCCAAAACAGCGAUGGCAUCUCCGAGCCUAUCUAUCUACUGACACCUGUUGCAUUACCUCAAAGUCUCCAAAUAGUACUAUGGGCGGCUUAUUGAGGCAUGAUUCUUUUCGCGCGUCUUUCUGGAAAUGAAUCCUCUUUCAGCUGUACUAUCUUUCCUGGCUAGAAAUACAGAACAGCCGGUGUCUCCUUGGGGACUAUAACUAAAUCAUGGACUUUCCCGGAGGAUCCAUCACCAACAUACGCGCCAUUGAUGGAUUCUCCCAUAUUUACUGGAGAAUUUACACCGAUGAUCCUGGCGAGUCGCCAACUAAUGGCUACGCCAUCCUUAAGCAUCUCAGCCGUCUCAAGGACCUGGAGCUCCAGCUAAGAGACCGAAAUUGCUUGGUUUCAAGCUACCCCAGACGACUUUGCUUAUGGGUCUUUUCUGCUACUCCUGGCUUUGAAAGCCUGUCUCCGCUAUCUCCGAAUGAUGGCAAAGACGACUCAGGUCGCCUCGCCAUUGGCUCGGCUACUCUGAAAGUCUCUUCUUCUGGCAACGUUUCUUCGUUGGAAUUGGUCAAGAAUCUCUCGACAGAAACACAAAAUGCGCAGGGGGCCGCGGGAUCACAGAGACCGAAUGGCAUUACACCUUUCGCUACCAUUUACGCAUCAUUCAUUUCGGCCGUCAGUGGGGCAGUUAGCCUCCAACUAAUCCGGCAACGCAACGCGAUUCCCCUCGGUUCACGUACUCUCUUUACCGUUGUUGAAAAAGAUGGCUGCGACAACUCUCACGUAACUAAAAACGACGUUGUUUUGGCACCAUCCUUGACUACGCUUCAGGUUCAACUGACAUCUGCUGGGAAGCUAACAGUAGCUCUACAGACUGUAUCGCAGGCUGGCCUGACGCGGUUACUUAUACCGGAAGAUGACCCUGCGGGCAUACACGACACCCCACCGGGCACUGACCUCUGGCUAUCUCCAAGUGGGUCGAUUGCCAGACUUGUCGCCGCUAAUCCGUCCCGACUGAAUGCGGCAUCCCCGUAUCCUUCUAACGUUGGAGGUCCAGGGAAUGAGAAGUCCAGUCCAGCAACUCGCAAACAGUGGAAGGUCAACGUACUCUGGUGGCUUUCCAAUUUUGGUCUUCCUGUGGAUGGCAUCGAUGACGAAGCCUGGGUUGAAGUUGAAGUUUGGGAGCCAUUUUACUCUAGACUCGCGGGGGAAGUUUGGCGGCCCAAUGAUGAAGGUGCCUCCGUGCUUCCCCUAAAGCGGAUCCUUUGGCCAGCUAUUUACUGCUUCAGGAGGACGAAAUCAGCAUCUUCAGAGUUCUAUGGUGAAAUGGAAGGUGUCUCAUCUAUUGCUGGUGAUCCUCUAGAUUUCGCAGAGAAAUGGCGUGUAACAGAGAAACUUAGCUUUGCCGAGGCGAGCCCUAAGCCUCCGUCUGUCCAUCAAGAACCGCCAACUAGGGAUCAGGACGCAUCAUCACCCGAUCUACUUAACCUGCCCGAAGGGAUCGAAAGCCUUUCUCGAGCGUCGCAGUAUCCUGAUCUUCAAACCGCUAGUCUUGUAUACCCAACGCCACCUGAUGGGGCCACCGCAACAGGACUGAAUCCCAUGGUUACGUCCGAUACCUUCGCGGAAGAAAUCGAACAGAACUCGAAUUUUAUGCAACAGGAUAGGCAGAAUCAUCAUCGUCAACUCAGUAAAGAGCGAAUAGGAACGGAUGUUAUAAGUUUUGGCCCGUCGGCAGGGCUUGUGGUUGGUUCGGGCCUAUACGAUACGAACGACGACGAUGAUCUGUUCGGAGAAAUUAAUGAAAAAGACUUUGGGGCUAAAGGAAUAACCGAUGCUGAUUUCAGUUUCUUUGACGACCCAGACUUCGACCGUGGAGGUGUUGGUGAGCAGGCUGAGCCAGUCCAAGAAUUGUCCGGGUUCAUGGAUACAGAUGAGCCCGAGAUCCAACCAACUGUGGACAGCCAGGAUUCACCUGAGCAGACACCAGCCAUGAAUAUCGCAAGUGCUCAAUUGAGUCCUGUGGUCGAAACAGCAGACCUGCAGCAUGAAAAGACGCCCCAGGAGGCCAAGGCACCUGUAUUCACGCCUCAGGAGGACAAGCCACGAACAAUAAGUCCUCCGUUGAGCCCAGUGGAGGUCAAGAAGAUUCUCUUCCCGGAAUCAGUACCUGAAAGCCCACGUCUUGCCAAGAAAGGGCAGGGGCCAGGUUACUACAGUGCAGUUGCUUUCAAGCAAAACAUGUCCCUCUGGGACCAGAAAUACGGCGCAGAUGGAAAGUUUGGGUUCAAUUUUCGCGGGAUUGAACGAAAGAAGGGGCCAGAUACCGUCACAAGCGAUAUCCCAACUGUUGGGCUUCCACGCCACAGCGGAAAGGUGAAAAGCGGCACGUCAAAGGAUCCAGACAGUUACGGAUCUCCCUAUAGUGAGGAGAUGCAAGAAUCAUCGUCGGAUUCAGACAUGAGCAGCAGUGCAAGCGCCGACAGUGAUGAGAGUGCCUCUGAAAGUGGCCUCUCACCUGCCACGUUUUCCACCAGAAAAAGGAAACGUACUCGCUCCAAUUCGGGAACUUCGUUGGCUUUGUCCCAGGAUAAGACAAUUGUUCGGACUGACCAGGAAACGUCGGCCCAGAGACCGGAAGACUCGGUUUUCCUAGGAAAUUUUCUGUCUACCUUUUCUGACUGGUCAAUGGCGGGCUAUUUUUCCGUGGCACAGAACCAGGUCUCGCCACUGCUUAUUCGCAAGGACAUACAGGUUCAAAUUGCCCAGUUACUGGUUGACCAAGUGACGCAAUCAUCCCUGCACCAUAAAAUAGAUGGAACCCUAGGUCUGCUUGAUUAUGCUGAUGAGGUGUGCUCUCCCGAGACUUUCCGAGGUGAUGCAGCCUUUAUGAGUGGAAUGGAGCGACUGGACCUGAACAGUUUUGUUUCGCUGCAAGAUUCCAAUGCGCUUUCGCCUUCGUCACACAACGGUUCCAACUCGCGUCAGUCCGCUCAACGUAGAGAGACUGGAAAGGGCACCAUAGUCAAAAUACCUCCGCCGCACUUGCGCGUGCGCCGGGGGAAAGAUUUCUUGGAGACACUACCUCCGGCGAUAUCCUUUUGGGAAACUUUCGGGUUGGAGCCUGCGCAUGGGCAAAAGGACAUUCUCGCCUAUUGUAUCCAUCCUCAUUUUGCUGCUGGAGCAGCCGACACAUUCUUAGAGCGGCUUGGGCUGGUCUACUCAGGCUGCAAUCUUGGCGAGCAUUGUCGAGGCGAAAGUUCCAAUGUCUUCGACCGUGGACUGGGCUCCUGGAACACCAGUCCAUCAGCAGACUCACGUUAUUCCGAGGCCAUACAGUCACUCAAGUCUAUUUGUGGAGUGCUUGGAUCUGCGUUUUUGAGUACUCCACCAAGCAAGGAUAGCAACAUUGUAGUUUACAUAGUGAAUCCUUUUACUCACGCCGCAGCAUUGGUGGAUAUCUGCGCUGCAUUCUGGUCUCUUUUCCAGCAAUACGUCGCGGAAGCUGACAAGCAACAGACACGACAGCUGAAUGAGCUUGUUCUUCAGAUAAUUCCCCUGGAAUUUGUCACUUCGGCUGAAUCUCUCGUUGUUCCUCCCCAGGCAGAAUAUCUGAACCUGGCCCUUGAGGUGUACAGUCGAUGUCCGCCUAAAUCGUCUGAGGUGGGCCCGGUGAAUUGCGCACCGCCGGUGUUGCUUGCAGAGCCUAUCCCUAGAUCUAUUGGCUUCAAACUGUCAUCGGAGGGCUCGUCGCCCCUCCAGGAAGGCAAGCAUCUUCAUAUUGCUUGUUCCCGAAGUCUGGAUCAACGUUGGUUAAGUGUGGCUUGGUCUGAUAAUUUUGGGGCACUUCAGCGGAACAUGUCUUAUUGCCUUCGCUAUCGUAAUUCUGUUGCAGCUCGACCUCUCCCGGAGGUACGGGGUGAAAUCUGGAAGGCAACAAGGGAUAUCAUGGAUACGAUUCAGACACGAUGGAAGAUCAUCAUUGUCAGCACUGACCCUGUGGACCAGGAUGAGGUUGACACGUGGACAAACUUUGCCGAUCAGUACGGCAAGGCCAGGUCCACAACGCUGGAUCUCGCGAUCUUGGGCGCGAAUACUCCUCCUGACCUGCAUCUUGAGCCGCCUUAUCUUCCCAUUCCCUUGAGCAUGUUCAAUCAACAGCCGUCUUCUACACCUGUUGCAACACCGAACCUCGGCGGCGGUGUUUCUUCUCCGGACCAAUUCGGUACGGCGCCCACACCCCCGGGUGGCUGGGGUGGACCCGCAAGUGCAUCCACUCCAACGGAUGCGCUCCCGGAAGUUGAAUCCGAGUCCCUCCUUACGGAUAUCUACGAUGAGACAUGGGGGGUGGUGUUGUCGCAUCGUCUCAACAGCUCUCCGCAUCAGACCGAGUAUCGGCCUGCACUGGCAAGCGGGUACCUUCUUCGCAGGAAGGGCUCUACUGAUGGAGAUGGCCUGUAUACUAUGAGUGUCAAUAUACUCUUCGCACGGCGUUCCCCGUCCUCCUAUGAUGCUCUCCUACGGGAGAUUCUGGGUAUGUAUCGCGAUUUGGCAACUCUGGCCAGGGCCAGGGGGACGCGCACUGUGCAGCAAGGCACAUUACCGUGGCAUGUGGCCACGGCAAUCAAUGCCCAAACUCUUCUCAGCUAUGCAUUGUGAUCUUUUUUCUUUAUUGUUGGCAUUAUACCAUGUUUGCGGGUCGAGCGAUCAUGUGGCGUUUAGGGGAACACGGCUGGCUUCUUGCUUCAUGUGUUCUGCCCGACUUCUCUUCACUUUUGUAUAUAGUUUGUUUUUUUCAGGCAGAAUAGGUUAUACCACUAUGCAGGUUUGUUUUGGAUUUGGACUGGGCGGAACUGUUGAGUAUGGGUUUGGAAUAGAGGCCAGGGCAUGCAUCUUUUCUUGUGGUGGCGAUAUCUAGCAAUGUAAUACCACAUGGCAAAACGCUAUAAUUUUGGGAAU